UCAAUCACAUGUCCCUCCCCCCGAACCUCCGCGAUGCUCCCCAGCAUUAGCCACAUGACAAUAAAAAUUAGCGCGUCGCUUGAUUUGUCAAUCAGGAAGUGCGUUGAACUUUUCAAUUUUACCUGACGUGGACGAUGUCGCCAACCCGAUGGCCGCCAUGCUUGAUGACGAAGCACCCUUGAAUAUAAAAGUGACUGCCGCCCCGUUUGGGCCACAGUCUUCCAAAAAGAUAACAGUGAAGAAGUUAACAUUCCAAGAACCAACAACAUGAACGCCGGAAAGUGUUUUAAGUGCGGUCGAUUUGGGCACACUGUCUCCGACUGCUUCCAGCAUCUCUCCAUCCAUGUGGACCGGAUAAGAUCUUCACCAUCCUGUACUCGGGGUCGGCUGUGCUCGAAUCGUUCCUCGAGGAACCAUCCAUACCUGCGGCACUCCAUGGACGACUUCGUAUUCGAAUAUCUGCGCCAUCGAUACCCCUAUCAUCCCGGGUACUUGAACUUGGAAUUCAAGGUGAAGAUGAGGGACUGGAGGGUUCGUAGUAGGAAAGAUCUCAAUGCCCUUUGGGAUCUCCCCGUACGCUCCGACAUCGAGGCUGGCGUAGAGGACGUUUUCAACCUCCGAAGACUCUUCGGAGAAACUCCAGCUCCACAACCGUGCCACGUGCCCCAGUUCCUGGACGAUAGCGAAAGGACGUGCGACACCUGUGCCUCCUAUCUGUGGGAUUAUCCAGGCUAUUAUUAUAUUAACGAUACUGUGAUAGAGCGUCCCUCCAACGUAUCUGUAACCGCUUUUAACAAUAAAUGGUUUAAUUAAACAAACUAUAUGUAUCUGCAGUUCUAGUCCUUUCCUGAAAAUCUCCUUAUCACCCGGGCAAGAAAAUUCCAGGAAUUCACAGGGUAGAUUAAUCCGAGGC